UGACAUCCAUGGCAGUCAUGGCUAUGGCAUGCAUGCAGGACUCCUUCAACAGCCUUCAAAGACUCAACCCCCUCAGAGAAAUGAUGCGCAAAGGGUCAGAAUGCAUUAUGGGACAUCAGACAUCAGACGGAUGGUUCGGUGAAUCAAAUGUUAUAAGCACAGCAUUAGCAGCACAGGCUCUGAUUGCUGCCGGUGUAUCUCCGUCGCUAUGGCGAUGUGAGGACGCCCUCUACCACAUCCUGGAUGCCCAGGAGGAGGACGGCCAUUUCGGUAGCCAAGGGGGCACUAUCCAGAUCCUUCCAUUGCUUAGCAACCGUCACCAUGGAAGCCUGGCUGAUAUCCAGCAGGAUUGCCCAGUAAAAGAUGUGAUGCACGGCAUACCACUGAUUGGACGACAGGAUGAGACGCAUGCCGUCAAUUUUGAGAUCAGUCAGGAAUUGGAGAAUAGUGUAGCUAUUUUCAGCCCAUUCCUUGUAGACAUCCUGCCAGGAGAGAGCGUCUACAGGGCCAUGGAACGAGCUCGUCAAAUUGGCUACUUCAGUUUUGAAUCUAAAUUGUCUCAGUUUGGAAACUACAUUACUUCAAUCAACAAUGUAGUGAACGAUAAUGCCAAUGGUCUCUAUUGGUUCAUCUAUUCAGUAGAUGAGAAUGGUGAUCAAUUCAUGGCUGAGACUGGUGCUGAAGGAAUCAUGCCAGUGAAUGGCUCUACCUAUCGUUGGAUCUAUCGUGCGUAUUAAAGCUGUGAAAUAGACCAGCCCCUACUUGAGGAUACCCACCGAGCGAAUGGUGUAUUGCAUGUCUGAUUGUUGUUGAAUUGUUUUCCUCUUCGUAAAGAAAGCUUGAAGGAUACACACAUGGGUGAUUCCUUGAAAUGUAUCCUUUACAACACAUAUCUUUGGUCUAUUCAUUUUAUCCACAAAAAAAUAUUUAUCACGCUAUAGCUACUGACCAGUGGGUACUUAUGAUAUCGGUAACAUUAGCCAAAUGCAUCAAGAGAUUUUUAAAUUUUUGGAUGAUAUGAAUGAACAAUGUCAUAAGGACACAUUCCAUUGAAUUGCCAAGUUGGUGCAUGCAUGAAUAGUGAUGAACUGGGGGGCGUUUCACAAAACUUGUCAUCAGUGACAAAUGACAGUUUUUGUUAUAAGCUACUAAAAAAACCUUGCUUCUGAUUGGUUAUCAGCAGACUUGUCACUCAUUUUCUGUCAUUUGUCAUCGAAAAAAAGCUUUGUGAAACGGGUCCUUAAUGAUCAUUUGAUCAUACAAAAUUAGUAUACAAGGUAAAUUACCUCUAAUUGCUUAUAUAGCAGCUCUAUAGUAAUCACUUAAGAAAUACAUGUAUACCAUGCAGGAGAAGUCUAGAGCUUAAGCUGUCCAUUUAUAUUGUAUAUAAUUGGCAUAUUUCUUAAUUUUGUAAUAAAAAGGCGUUAUAUAACCUCAUGUCAGCAUUAUUAGAUGAAAAAACACAUUUGUGGUUCAGAGACAUAGAGGUACCGGUAGGAGUAAAUCUCCACAAUGCAAGGUAUUUUAUCAAGUGUAUAGAGAACAAAUGCAGUGUAUCUUAAAGCAGGGUUCUGAGGGCAUUACAGAAAAACUAUCCAAGUUAAUAGACUGUAAAUCUUGACUCGAGUCUUGAGUCUUGUUUAUCGUAACAGUAUGUAAAUCAUGCAUGCCUUCAAUAAUGGAAGUGAAAUUGAAUAGAGUGGUGAAGUGUGACGUCAAAAAUAAUGUCCAAAUGUCGAAAACCAAUUGAAUAUGUUAAAUAUUGGCUG